AUGAAGAUGAGAAAGGGAGAGUUGCUGGUCUUGUUUACUCUCUGCUUCGUACUCUCUCUCAUUGCGCCCUCUCACUCCGGUUUUCAGUCCGAUGAGCUUCUCGUAGACAACGACGAGGUCGGCUUACCUCAAACUCAGUCUCAGCAGAGCUCUUCGGUUCCCAAAUCAGAUCAGACUACUGUCACUCCUCCCUCGCCAACUCCUCGGAGGAAGUUCUCCGAUUCUGAUUCCGACUCCAAGAUCCAAUUCACCCUUGAGCAUGCCUUUGGAGACUCUGAUUUCGCCCCCGCCGGCACCUUCUCCGCUCGACUCAAAACAUCCGCUCACGGAGGCCAGACACUCACAAAGCUGAGGUUCUCCCGGAAUGCUCUCACAGAUGCUGAGAAAGAGAACUUCAAGAAUUUGGUAGAUGGUGAUGAUUUCUACAAGAUAAGGCUGCCAUCUAAUGUAUUGAGUCCUCCCGGAAAGGAUUUUGUAGUCACAUCUGUGAGAGCAAGAUGUCUUCCAAGAGAGACUUUGGAUGAGCACUUUGUGAUACACGCGGAUGGUGUUAACAUCUUGGGUGUCAACUAUGGUGCCCCAGCACCAUGCUCUUAUCCUCAUCCAGCAAAACUUCCUUCAAAGUGGUCAUUCAACUCAUACACAAUUCUGAAGAAUACUGAGCAGGCACCAAGGACUCCGCUUUUCAUUCAGGAUGUGUUGAAGAACGGGGAAGAGGGCGAAGGUGAAGUGGUUGCACCACCAGAAAGGUCCUUCUGGGCUAAAUACUGGAUGUACGUGAUACCUUUGGGUCUCAUAGUGAUGAACGCCGUAACCCAAGCCAUGAACAUGCCCGAGGAGCAAGCCUCCGGGCAGCCAGGUGGAGCGCCUGCAGCACCCGGAGCUGUGCAGCGUGCUCCAAGUUCUGCUGCCAGAAGAAGAUAG